AUGUCUACCAAUACUACCACGCAACGACACCAAACAUCCAACCCAUACGAAGCCAAGUUUGGCUAUUCCAGAGCCGUUCGAAAAGGUCCCUUCAUAUUUGUGUCUGGGACAACGGCAAUAGACACCAGCACAGGCAAGGUCCUGUCUCCAAAAUCAGCCUAUGAACAAACCUUGAAGAUAUUCUCGGAGAUCGUGAUGGCUAUUGAGGCGUUAGGAGGGACAAAGCAAGACGUCGUGCGGCUAAGGAUGUUUGUAGGCGAAAACAAGGAUAGCGAGGGCGUGAGCAGGGCUCUCAAGGAGGUUUUUGGAAGCGUUGCGCCUGCUGCUACGAUGGUGUUUGGACUCGGGUUUGUGAAUCCUGAUAUGAGAGUGGAGAUUGAGGCAGAUGCUGUCGUUCUUUGA